AUGGAUUUCGCUGCUGAGUCUGAUCAAAAGUACCCUUCGGCACCCUUGGUCUUUACAGCAAGUAAUUUGUGUGGCAGGCCUUCCAACAAUUUGCUCUUCGAUGCGCCGACCCCCGCUGCUGUAGGCAUUCUGGGAGAGGCUGCCGAAGAAGUCGUGGGCCUGAGCAUACCAGCAUCUCCUCGGGAGGACGGCGAGGCCUGGUUGGAGGCCGGGCCCUUACCCGGGCCGGCGCCGGAGCGCUACGCCGACAAGGGCCAGGGACUCUCGCUGGCUCAGCGCCUUCUCCAGCUCGACUUCUCCGAUGACGAGGAGGAUGACGGUGAUGACGGCUUCCAUACUUCCAGACACGAGCUGCCGGAAGUGCAGGCUGACCCAGACGUAGCCGACGCGGAGGCCGCGGAGGCGUCCCCGAUCAUCGUAGAAGAUUGCCAGGAGUUUAUCCAGGAGCUUGACAGUGAUGACGACUGA